AGUCCCGAGACGAAACAUCACACGCGCCUCACAUUCUAACCGACGCGAUGUCGUCUCCCGCGUGUGGAUACCAGCUCGGGUUGCUGCUUUUCAUUCUGCUGAAGAACUGUAACGCAGUUAAGAACGGCGACACCGAAACGCUGGACGGCCAUAUCAUGCCGCCGGUGCACGAGACACCGACAAACGUAUCUCUGAACAGAGCGAGGAACGGAGGCAGGAGCUCGGACCCGAGCGCAAAACUUGACCAGUCUCAGGUGGGCUGUCGAGAGCUGCGCUCCACCAAGUACAUCUCGGACGGCCAGUGCACGAGCCUGACGGCGGUGAAGGAGCUGGUGUGUGCGGGCGAGUGCCUGCCCAACCACCUGCUGCCCAACUGGAUCGGCGCCAGCCUCAGCGGGCGCUACUGGUCCCGGCGGGACGCCCAGGAGUGGCGCUGCGUCACCGACCGCACCAGAACCCAGCGGAUCCAGCUGCAGUGUGUGGACGGCAGCACGCGCACCUACAAGAUCCAGGCGGUGACCUCCUGCAAGUGCAAGCGCUACUCGCGCCAGCUCAACGACUCCGUGCACCAGACCGACGCCUCGGGUCAGGGUCAGAGGCAGGCGGCGCCGGACGGCCCGAAGAAGAGGAGGAACAAGAACCAGAAACAGAACCAGAAACAGAACCAGAAACAGAACCAGAAACAGAACCAGAACCAGAACCGGAACCAGAACCAGAACCAGGGGAAGAGCGCACGCAGGCCCAGUCCGGACAAGGCCCACACCAAACACUGAGCACCGCCAACCCCCUCCACCGCCAUGCAAGCACCACCACCUCUCAGGCCCCUCCACCAACAACCCCCUCCACCGCCAAGCCCCUCCACCAACAACCCCCUCCACCAACAACCCCCUCCACCAACAACCCCUCCACCGCCAAGCCCCACCACCUCUCAGGCCCCCGUCCCCCUACUGUCCUCCUACUGCCCCCUACUGGGUUAGUGGUUAGCUAGCUUCAUAUCACACAGCCCUGACUGUAUCUGGGAUUAGCAGUUAGCUACAUGUACAGUAGCUCCAUCUCCCACAGCCCUGACUGUAUCUGGGGUUAGCAGUUAGCUACAUGUAGCUCCAUCUCCCACAACCCUGACGGUAUCUGGGGUUAGCAGUUAGCUACAUGUAGCUCCAUCUCCCACAGCCCUGACUGUAUCUGGGGUUAGCAGUUAGCUACAUGUAGCUCCAUCUCCCUCUGCUGCCUGUGGACUAUAAGGCUUCUUCUCUUAGUGCAGCUGGUUUGCCAGAUAAAGACUUUUUUCCCCUGAUGGUGUGUAAAAGUGUGUUUGCUGAUUUAAUGAGAGGGGAGGUGUGUAUACGCACAAGGAGAGAGAACUGUCUCAUCUCGGCUCAUGUUGCAUCCACCGUGUAAGCGGAGAGGUGAGAGUGGGCGGGAGCUUUGAACCUCAGCCAAUCCCAGCUGAGGUUUGGAGCCAAGACGAGACCAUGACAGUAGGGACCUGUAGCUAGGCAGCAGCCUGUAUGCUGGGUGCCCACUGCCGCGUCGUCUCACCAAACGCUCACAUGUUGUUCAUACAUACAUUAUUAUAUAGAUACGUAUGUUUCUGAUCGUAAAGAAUGCCAAGACAAUAUAAUAUAUUUUUUUGCAAGACUGCAACAUUGUACAAUCUUUCUGUUUUAUACUCUUUAGUCUUAGACUGCACAGAAAAUAUAUUUAAUAAGCAUCUAUCUGUAUUAAAAAUGUGUGCAGUGCAA